AUGGCGCCCACCCAGGUGCACCAUCACCGUUCCACCACCAAGUCUGCCAACAAGCCUUACAAGACCAAGCAUGCGUCCAAGGGUGCUCUGAAAGAGCAGGCAAAGGGCAAAGUCGAGGUGGAGCGGGGCACUCGCAAAACCCCCCACCAACAGCUCAAGUCGAAACUCGAUCGUCGCAAUACCGCCCGUCAAAGACAAGCAUUGAAGCACCAAGAGAAGACCCAGGCAAACAGCAUCUUCGCCGGUCAAAAUGGUGCUCCCCGUCACAUCGCCGUCAUCCCGUUGUCCACCGACGUCGAUAUCGUUUCUGCCAUCACCGCACUGAACGAGAGUGUUGAUGUUUCCACCGAGGUUUCCGCGGACAGCAUCACUCGUGUGCGAAUUGAUCGUUUCCGCCAAAGCCUUCUUUACGUUCCCUCGAAACAUGACCUUUUGAAUGCUAUGGAUGUGUGCCGUAUGGCCGACUUUGUUGUGCUGGUCAUGUCUCCAGAGGUGGAAGUGGAGGAAGAGGGCGAGCUGUUGCUGCGCUCCAUUGAGAGCCAGGGUAUUUCCAAUGUCAUGACUGUUGUUCAGGGACUUGACAAGGUCAACCCAGUCAAGAGGCGCACACAGGUUACUUCUUCUUUGAAGACUUAUAUCAACCACUUCUUCCCCGCUGUUGAGAAGGUCAUGUCUCUGGAUUCGCGCCAGGAGUGCUCCAAUGCUAUCCGUUCCCUUUGCACUGCCACCCCUAAGGGUAUUCGCUGGCGUGACGAGCGCAGCUGGAUGUUCAUUGAGAAUGUCCAGUGGCCUGAUGUUGACACCGAAGUCGUUGACGACGUCGUUGUCACUGGUAUCGUCCGUGGCAAGGGCUUGAAGGCUGACCGGAUUACCCAUAUCCCUGGCUGGGGUGAUUUCCAGAUCUCCUCUAUCACUGCAGCUCCCCUGCAGGCUACCAAGACCAAGAGAGAUGAUGAUAUGAAUGUCGACACCAACGAAACCUCUCAAAUACUGGAUUCCCCUACAGCGGACGCGGACGAUAUGGCUAUUGUGGCUCCAGAGGAAAUCGAGAUGGAAGAUGACGACGUUUUACCCACCGCCGAUAACGAGCAGCGCAAGGGUGUUUUGCUCGAUGACCACCACUACUUCUCCGAUGACGAUUCUCACAUUCCCGCUACCCCCAAGCGAUUGCCCAAGGGUACAUCUUCGUACCAAUCCGCCUGGUACCUUGCUGAUGUUUCCGACUCUGGAUCUGACAUUGAUGAUGGAGACGAGGAUAUGGAUAUGGAUAUGGACACAGCUGGCGCCCCAGAGGAUGGAAUUUUCCCCGACCACGCUGACGCUAUGACCGAGGGUGGUCCUUCCGAGUACCCCCAGUCAGAGAUGUUCCUUGACCCAUCUCCUGAGGAUGAAUCACAAGAGCUUGCAGACUACCGCGCCAGUCGACGUGACGAGGCACAGGAGGAUCUUGAAUUCCCCGAUGAGAUCGAACUGCACCCCAACGUGCUGGCCAGAGAGCGCCUGGCCCGUUUCCGUGGUUUGAAGAACAUGAAGAUUAGUCCUUGGGAGACAUCCGAGGACCGCCCCUUCGAGCCUGAAGACUGGCGCAGACUCUUGCAGUUUGGCGACUACAAGGGCACCAAGAACCGUGUCUUGCGGGAGUCCCUGGUUGGUGGUGUCAACCCCGGUAUCCGCGUGGAUGUUCACCUCCGUGCUGUGCCUGGCUCCCUCCGCAACAAGCCCCAGCCCGUCUCGCUCUUCUCUCUGUUGCGUCAUGAGCACAAGCACACCGUGGUCAACAUCAACAUGACCCUGAGCGGAAGACUUGAGGAGCCUAUCCGAGCUAAGGAGGAGCUUAUCAUCCAGUGCGGUCCUCGCCGCAUGGUCGUGAACCCCAUCUUCUCGUCCUCUGACAACACCCCCAACAAUGUUCACAAGUUCGACCGCUUCAUGCACCCCGGUCGCAGCGCCAUCGCAUCAUGGAUUGGACCCAUGACCUGGGGUGCCGUCCCUUGCCUCGUCUUCAAGCCCAAGCAGGCCGAGGAAGACCCCGAGAUCCUCGAAUCCGCCGACGAAAAGGAGCAGCCCCUGGCUCUGGAUCGUCUGGAGCUCAUUGGUACUGGUACAGUGAUUGCGCCCGACCCAGCCCGCGUGGUUGCCAAGCGUGCCAUUCUCGCUGGUCACCCGUACAAGAUCCACAAGAACGUCGUCACUGUUCGUUAUAUGUUCUUCAACAACGAGGAUGUUGCCUGGUUCAAAGCCCUGCAGCUCUGGACCCGCCGUGGUCGCAGUGGAUUCAUCAAGGAGAGUCUUGGUACGCACGGUUACUUCAAGGCCACCUUCGAUGCCAAGAUCAACCCCCAGGAUUCCGUUGGCAUCAGUCUGUACAAGCGUGUCUUCCCACGCAAGGCCCGGACUUUGGAGGAGGCUUCUGCGUAA